AUGAAAAUGCACGGAUUACGGAAACGCCUGACACUGAUAAUUUUAUUGCUUACACAUAUUUCUGUAGCAACAAAGAUUUUGGAAGAGACUAUACAAAACAAUACCAAUAACUCACAUGCAUCGAAUCAUUGUAUUGAUUUUUACGAAACAGCAUGUGGAGAGUGGGAAAAACUCAAUCCCUUGCCAAAAGAUGAUGCUAGUUUAACCACUUUGCAAAGGAUGGGAAUGAACGUUGAUAACUACUUCUGGAAGAUAAUUGCAAACGACUCCUACUAUAAAGAAGAUCGGCGCUUACAAUCAGCUCGAGCAUUUUACAAAUCUUGCGUAAAUAGUCGAAAUUCAAACACAACACGUGAUAGUCGUCAUCAUUUGAUACACAGGUAUUUUGGCGGAUGGGAACUAAUACCAUCACUUUCGACAAACAUAAACAAUACAAAUAAACAUAAGCAAAAUAAAAUGAAUAACGGGCUUACCAAUCUAUUUCUACCAAUAUUAACUCAAACUGGACGUUCACCAUUAUUUUCAAUAAACAUCGCGAGCGAUAUUUUUGCUGUUAUUAAUGAAUCCAAAGAGGUUUACCACAAACUUGCAUUUGAAACCGGGGUACUUCAGUCUAACAAAACACAACUAACAGAGGCUUUCCAAACAAUGAUUCGGUUAGGCAAAAGGUCAGUCUCAAAGACAACAAACGUGAGGGAGUUUAUUACGAAAAAUGAACUACAAUACACCUGCCCACAGAUCGAUUGGAGUCACCUACUUGAAAAGGUGUUACAACAAACUGGAUAUGUAAAGUAUCAAAAACUUCCAAUCAUUAUAGAACAGCGAACUGAACUCCGUCAACGUUGCUCAGAAUACCGUGCUUUAUUGAAGGAAAAAGAUGGUGGAAGUAUACUGCGCACAAUAGCUAUUAUGGAUUUUUUACGAGAACAACAAAUGAAUACUCUAAACGUCCAUGCAUUUGGAACGGAUCAUAACUUGAGUUCAUGUGUACUGUUUGAUGAGAACAGUAAUAAACGGAAUUCGUUCGAUGCUUUAUGGUCAUCCAGUUUCAUGCAAUCGAAAGCUGUAUGUCUAAGUAAUCAGUAUAGUUCCUAUAAUUUCACUAGUUUAAAGGUAAGUUUAGUUGAAUUAUAAAUAAGAACAUAUAGAUAUUCACUGACAUUUUGUGUAUCUUAUCCAGAACAAAAAUAUCCCCAGUCAUCUCGUGAUAAUGUUUCUAACGUUAUUCAAAUUGUAAUUUAAAAUUUCAAAAUAUUGAAGAAUGUGCUUUUACUUACUAUUAUACGUGACAUCCAUUAUUGCUCUUUUCUG